UGCGUUUCCCACAAUGCUUCAGGGAUCUUACGUCAUUAAUCCGCGCAGAGCUGAGCUGGCGUUAAGGAAGGCUGUUUGGUGGCCUUUAAACACGAUAAAGUCGCGGGUUUCCCUCCCGCAGGUGGUCGGAAGGCGCCGCGGCGGGACUCCUCACUCUGUCACUCACUACCAUGACCAAACUGAUGCAGUGGCUGUUCGGGGCGUCGCUGCUGGGGGGCCUGUGGGCCCUGGUCAGCUUCGACCUGCUGGACUUGAACCUCCCGCACACGUACCGGGAGGUGGCCUGGCCCAUGCCCCUCUACCUGCUGGUGUCGUUCGGCUGCUUCUCUCUGGCCACCGUGGGAUACCGGGUCGCCACCUUCAACGACUGUGACGCAGCAGCGAAGGAGCUGCAGGAGCAGAUCAGGGAGGCGAGGGAGGACCUGAGGAGGAGGGGGCUGAAGAUGUAGGACCUGAUCAAGACCGCAGUGCUCCCGGUUCCGGUGCCGGGUGGAGGGUCCGGGCGGCCAUGAUGAAGGCUGUUUAGUCACGUGAUUGAACUCCAUGCCAGAUUAACAUCUGGAUUAUUUUUUACAACUGGAAGGGUUUCUGUCGAUUGAACAUUGAUGGUGAUGUUCCUUAGUUAUUUUUUUUUCUUUUUAGCUCUUCAUAAAACAGCCAAAAUGCUGUUCUCUUUCUUUUCUAAUCCUUAACCAGAAAUGCCUCCAAAGGUCAGGCUGUGGAUAAUCCAUCACACAUCAGCGUCUUCUUCACUCUGCAUUAACAGAUCACUGUGUCUCAGUGCAUUUGUUGCAGCAGAAGACCUGAUGUCAGGAGGUUUUUCUUGAAAAUUAAAGGAGGAUCUAUUUUGUAAAUGUCA